CUGGGAGUCGGGCGGGGAGGGGUCGCUGCCGCCGGCGUCAUGGGCAAUUGCCACACGGUGGGGCCCAACGAGGCGCUGGUGGUGUCAGAACAAUGAGAUUUGGCAUCGCUUUUCCCGUAAUGGGGGGUAAGAAGAAAGCAAGAGAAGUUGUUCCAUACAAGUGACGGAGGGGUUUCCUGUUCCCUCCUUUCUCCUGGGGCCCAGCUCAUUUUGAUUCUCCUUCCCGUCACCAUCCUGUCUCCAUGAAGUCACUGGAAGAGGGUGUGCAAUCACCAGAGACCCUCCCGAAACGACCUGCUACCAUCUGUAAUGGUUAUGCUCCCAAAGGCAGCAACCAGAGUGGCUGCUGUGGCUCUGAUCUAAAGCAGUAUGUGUUCGGAGGCUGGGCCUGGGCUUGGUGGUGCAUUUCUGACACACAAAGGAUUUCCCUAGAGAUAAUGACGUUACAGCCCAGGUGCGAGGACGUAGAGACGGCGGAGGGGGUAGCUUUAACUGUCACAGGUGUGGCACAGGUGAAAAUAAUGACAGAGAGAGAGCUUCUGGCUGUGGCCUGUGAGCAGUUCUUGGGGAAGAACGUCCAAGACAUUAAGAACGUGGUCCUUCAAACGCUGGAGGGGCAUCUGCGAUCCAUCCUAGGCACCCUGACAGUGGAACAGAUCUAUCAGGACCGGGAUCAGUUUGCCAAGCUGGUGCGGGAGGUGGCAGCUCCAGAUGUGGGCCGCAUGGGCAUCGAGAUCCUGAGCUUUACCAUCAAGGAUGUGUAUGAUAAGGUGGAAUAUCUGAGCUCUCUGGGUAAGACUCAGACAGCCGUUGUUCAGAGAGAUGCUGACAUUGGUGUGGCAGAGGCUGAGCGAGAUGCCGGCAUUCGGGAGUCGGAGUGCAAGAGGGAAAUGCUGGACAUCAAGUUCAUGUCAGACACUAAAACGGCCGAUUCCAAACGGGCCUUUGAGAUGCAGAAAGCCGCCUUCAGCCAGGAAAUUAACAUUAAGACUGCCGAGGCCCAGCUGGCCUACGAGCUGCAGGGUGCUCGGGAGCAGCAGAAGAUCCGCCAGGAGGAGAUCGAGAUUGAGGUGGUGCAGCGCAGGAAGCAGAUUGAUGUUGAGGAGAAAGAGAUCAUCCGGAUGGACAAGGAGCUGACGGCCACCAUCAAGCGUCCGGCAGAGGCUGAGGCGCACCGCAUGCAGCAGAUCGCCGAGGGCGAGAAGGUGAAGCAGGUUCUCCUUGCGCAGGCCGAAGCAGAGAAGAUCCGCAAGAUUGGCGAGGCAGAGGCCUCUGUCAUCGAAGCCAUCGGGAAAGCAGACGCGGAGAAAAUGAAGCUGAAGGCAGAGGCUUACCAGCAGUAUGGCGACGCGGCCAAGAUGGCUCUGGUGCUGGACGCUCUGCCCCAGAUCGCUGCCAAGGUGGCCGCUCCGCUGGCUAAAGUGGACGAGAUUGUUAUUCUCAGUGGGGACAAUAACAAGGUGACGUCCGAGCUGAGCCGCCUGCUGGCUGAGAUCCCUGCGUCUGUGCAUGCCCUCACUGGUGUCGAUCUGUCCAAGAUCCCCCUGAUCCAGAAAGCCACGGGAGCCCAGGCAUGAGGCUGGCCAGUCCAAUGCUAAUGAAGACAACCCCCUGUUAUGCACUCUUACAUCAACUGCCUUUAACACUUGGGAAAUCCUUUUAUAUCAAAGACAAUUGGAAGUUCAUUUUUAAGCUCUGGUGCCUUAUUUUGUAGGACCAGAAUGAUGCAUGUUAAAUUGGCCUUUUUUUCUUAAGGGGAAUUUAUUUUGUAAGUUUAAUUGUGUGUUGUAUUAGUCUGGAGUGUCGAUUUGAAUCCUCGGUUAUAAUUGGCAGCUUGUCUGGUCUUGCAAUCUUGGUGCCUUGAAGUUCUCUGUCCUCUGUUUGGAGCUCAGGGGCAGAGAGGCUGAGAGGGGUGAGCUGGAAGCCCGGGGGCUCAGGGAACAUCCACUGGGGCAGUGAGGAGUGUAGAUGGAGGGGCUUGCAAACUUCUUCCUUAGGGCAGAAGCCUGUUUCUGCAGUGCUCCCAAUGCGUGGAGCUGCUGGAAGAGAAUCCUGAACAGUAUGUCCUCGUCUGCCCGAGUUACAAAUGUGAUCUAGCGAGUCCCACAUCCUUGCACUCACAACUGCUUUUGUGGUCACUUGCUGGCUGGCCUCCCCUGUACGUUCCCCCCAGGGCACGCAGAGUAUAGCAAGACUGCACUGAGCCAAGCCCUCAGGCCCACGCUGAGUUCUGAAGGGCCCCGUCCAGGCUGGGGGUUGAGAGAGGAGCCACCCUCCAACUUUUUAGCCAAUGCAUGAGUCCUAUCAGAGCCUGCCGAGAUCAGCCCAGCCUGUUGCCAUGCCAUGCUGCAGCAUAUGUGGGACUUUAUCCGGGGGACACGGUUCCUCCACUGCUGGAUUCAGUCUCAAAAUGUAGCUGCUGAGGGGGGCUACAGUGAUGCUCUCUGGCAGAUCUCCGCUCAGGGCCUGGGGCCAAGUUCGGGAUGAGCACUGCCCUGGGACCACCCCUUUCUUGCCUGGCUCCUGCCCGCAGUGCACAGUGGCGUGGCUAGUACAGGUGCUCUGGAGACAGGCGCUCUGGUGCGUCAGGCAGCUGCCUGCCCCAGUGAGGAGACUGCUUGCAGCCCCACCAGUCAGCAGCAUGAGGCCAGUCUCCUCUCCCAGGUGCGUUGCAGACCCUGCCCUAUCACCGGGAGAAGAAACUGCUCCAGGGGAAGCCAGCUGCCUUAUGGAAGGGCCAUGAGAGUCAUGGCUUUGUUGGCCCCCUUUUGUACACACAGCCUCCAAACGGCUUCUGGCAGCAGCAUUGCCAGCUCUGUUAGCGCUCGGCCAGCAAGGCCCAGCCCAGGCAGUGCAGCAGGCAGUGUAGCUCUUGGCUUCCUUCAGCUGAAGCGUUGGGCUGCGGAAUGCUUGAUCUGGCUGGAGCUGUGCAUGCUGAGGCUGGGGAGCAGCCAGGGGGCCGUUGUUAAAGUGCCAACCUGCUGUCCAUUAGCACGCCCACUGGUGGAGGUGCAACAGGGACUGGCAGCGUAGGCACAGCCAGGGGGCCUGAGGAGGGAUCUGGGCGUGGUGGGGCUGUAAUCCCUUAUCCAGGUGGGAUCCCGGGGCUGUAAUCCAAACGCUGCCUGAUUGUGGUUUGUUUAAUUUUGUUGAGCACGUGGCCCAGAGUCCUAGCUCCAUCUCCUGCACUCUCCCUGCCAUUCCCCCCAGUGUGAGGUGCCACCCGCGUCCCAUAGCUGUUGUCAUCCUGGGCUGUGUAGCAAUGUGAAAUGAGGCUGUGUAGCAGCCUUUCCUGUCCCUCGGUGUGACUGAUCCCGCUGAUGUAAGUGCUUAGCUGUGCCCGCGGGCACCCUGCUGCUGCCAAAGUAUCUUCUGCUGUCAGUGGUAGCCAAGGCUUUCCUCUUUGCCUCUCUUGCCAGCUCUUCCCCUGGCGGUUUGUCCAGCUCAGGAUGGGCACAGUGGUGUGUGGCUCCCUCCCCCCAGCCAGGGCUCCCGGUGCUGUUUGACCUGCCUCAGGCUUGUCUCGGUUGUUUUACAGCCAGCUUUCCAUACUGAAGGUGGGUGCAGCAGUGCCCAGUGCACUUCUCUGCGUUAGCCCCCCUGCGGAGUCAGUGCUGGGGGAAAUCCCUCCGGGGGGGUGGGACAGGGCUGAGGCCAGAGCCUGUGCAGCACGGUGUGCUGGUCUGAGGGCCAGGUGAUUGUGGUUGCAGUAACUGUUCACUCACCGGUGGGAUUGAUCUGAGUUAUAGGGACCAUUUGGGAAGCUUCACAGGCCCAAAGAGGGGAGCUGUGCCUGGCAUUAGGCCUUGAAAACACUCUGACCUCCAGUCUCUCACUUGACUGGGUUAGCAAGGACACAGGCACUACGGCCGGCGGGCAAAGGUGCCAAGCCCAUUAGCAUAACAAUAAAACUGCUGGUGGUGGUUAACUGGGGCACCCAAGACCUAAUGCCCACAGGGCCGGUGCCCGUUCUCCCCCUGCCCUCAGUCCUCACCUGCUGUUCUGCUCCUGGAGCCUGCAGUGUGAAUCCUGUGCUGAAGUACAGUGCCUGGUUUUGUGACAACCCCUGCCACACGGGCACCAGUUUCUUUCCUUGCCAAAGUCAGACUCCCCAGGUCUGCAGAGGAGAAAGUUUACUGCUCCCUGCAACCUGUUACAUUUCUUCCUCCUCCCUGCCCCAGCUGGGUCAGUCCGAGGGGCUCCAGCUGUCUUGUGCAUCCUGUGGAAGGCCCUCCCUGCAGAGCAAACCUGCUGCUUUGAUGGCAAAUGUGCCCUGAUUUCCCACCACCUGUUUUGUUCCUCAACACUGGUCUGGCCAUGGAGCAGCUAGUGAAAAUCUGUCUGAGCUGUGUGCGCUCUGGGGGAGCUGAGCGGGGAGUUCAAGGAUGUGACAGGAGUGUAAUGUAGAGCUGAAACUGGGUCUGGCAGGAUUUCCAUGGGGAAACACAAGGAGUGAAGGAAUCUCUGGGCUCCUGGGGCUUCUCCCAGGGCUGACACUAGCUCUGCGUCCAGCAGGGAGGAGAAGCUGGCUGGACAACAGGAGGGGAAGGGAUGGUUUUAAAUGCUGGCUUGCACAUAUGCCCCAGACACACUACUCUGUAUAUCUGGAACUAGCUUGUUGCAGUGGCAGGCCAGGAGCUGACUGUUCUGUAAAGGCUGUUCAUAUCUGCAUGUAAAUUGUGCAUGCCAUCGUUCUGCUGACAUGUUACAUACUGUAUAAUAAAGAGGCAGCGUGACCAUGCUGCACGGGCUGUCAGUCA